CGUCUGUAGGUGGAGCCCGGACUGUACGGUAUACCCUUCCGUAUUAUUCUGUUUCAUUUCAUCAAAUCCCAUGCGUAGUAUUUUGAUAUCAACUGUACAAAGAGAAACAAGAUUAUCUGAUGGGUCCUAAUCUGACCUGUCCCGCAACGCAAUGAUCACUUUGAUCAGCCUAAUCUUCCAUUUAUGCCGCCUUAUAGCGAUCGUGUUGAUAUUUGCAUCACGCGCCGGCGGCUUAGGGAGUGAAGGCCACCAUGAUGAUACCGGCGGUAAGGGAACCACUAUAGAGCUCGAGGGCGGACCAGAGGAUGUCGCCUGGGUGGUUCAGCUAUCUGAUCUGCACUUUAGCUCCCACCAUCCAGAGAGAGCACUGGACUUCAAGCACAUUGUGGGCCCUACUCUCUCCAUGGUCAAUCCUUCCCUGGUUUUCCUCACCGGUGACCUAACCGAUGCAAAAAGCAAGGAUUUGCUAACAUCAAAUCAAGAUGAAGCGGAAUGGUUAGAAUAUCAGGAAGUUAUGGAAGAUGUCAUUAAAAAGAGUGGACUAAACAAGACUAAUUUCUUUGACCUUAGGGGAAAUCAUGAUACAUAUGGUGCAAGCAUUGGUAGUUCGUUUGAUUUUUACUCAAAAUAUAGCAUCAAUGGACAGCUAAGAAGAACUGGGCGGGUCAACAGUGUUAGAGUUCAGACCGGCACCUGCAAUCUACUUUUCGUUGCGUUUGACAGCACAAUGUCGUCAGGGUUACGGGGCCCAACUAACUUAUUUGGUCACCCAACUGAUCACCUGUUAGCUGAAAUGAACUCAGAACUUUCACAAUGGGACACUGCACCCGCAGCAUCUCUUCUGAAAAUUUCAUUUGGGCAUUUUCCAUUGUCCUUUUCUGCUGCAGCAUAUUCUGGGAGGACUUUGAAGGAUGUAUUUCUGAACCAAUCUUUGUCUGUUUACCUAUGUGGGCAUUUGCACACAACGUUUGGGAAGAAUUUAAAAAGGCUUCAUGAGAGGCCCAAACACCUCUCUAAGAAUAAUCUCAACGAAGCUCAUGGAUUUUGGGAGUGGGAAAUGGGUGAUUGGAAGAAGAGCAGAACAAUGCGUAUCUUGGCUGUUGAUAGAGGUUUUAUUUCAUUUAUAGAUUUAGACUUCAGAUUGAGGAUGAAGGAAAGUACUAUUAUAUUGCCUACAUUCCCACCUGACUCGCGUUUUGUUUUAGACAACUCCCCACCAGUGGGUCCCACAUUUUCCAGUCACAUAAGAGCUCUUGUGUUUUCUUCUUCACAAAUAGUGUCUGUCGUGGCCAGGAUCUACGAUUCAAAGCUGGGAAGUCUCAGUUUGGUAUCAGAGUCUGGAAUGAUGAAAAUGCAGAAUUCAUCCUCAUCAAGGGGGGACCUUUACAGUUGCCCGUGGGAUUUCAAUUCCUUUGAAGAUCCAUCGCCUGAGCGAUUUUUUUUGCAAAUAAGGGCGGUUGACAUCAGCGGAAGAUCAUCUUUGACUGAAUUACGGCCAUUCUCUCUUGGUCAACGUAAUAUGCUCUCACAUAAUUGGAAAGAAUUUAUGGUUAUGAUGUUUCAAUGGGAUGCUUUGUAUUACCCAUUAUUAUGGUCCCUUUACAUAAUUGUUCUUUCCCUUCUUCUAGUUCCAAAAACUAUAAUAUCAUUUUCUAGACGGCAGCUCAGUACUUAUGGUAUGAAUUUUAAUAACAGAGAACUAGUAAAUAAUGUCAGAUGGAUUAUGACAGAAUUAUACAGUGUUCAAUGGGUAUGGGUUGGCAUGAUUGGUUAUUUGUUUUACCUCAUAUUAUGCCCCUGGCUUUGUGGUCAAGGUCUCGCGGAAGGAGAAAAAGGAUACAUGACUUAUCGUGGUUGGGCAUUCAAUUAUUUCACAAAGGAGAAUAUACAAUUUGUAGGGUUUCCGGAUGUAAUGGUGGUUGUUAUCCCACAUCUUUAUGUCGUGGUGCUGCCUACUUGUCUCGUAAUUGGAGCAUUGAUUGUUGAAGCAGGAGUACAUCGAGAUAGCAAGCGUUUUCUUUCUGGUAAAAAAGAGGAUGAUUUCGAUUCCAAGAAGGGAUCCAAUUCUUUACCUCAUAGUGUGCGUUGGAUUAGGAAGGUCCUCAUGGUGAUAUGUUUGACAAUUUGUUGUGUCCAUUUCCUGAGUUGCCGAGUUCUUUUGAAAGCAUAUGAAAUGAACCCAUUCAUCCAUUUUCCAAUAUAUAGCAUUUCAGUCCCAUGGUUGCUAGUGUAUGCAAUCUACAGAACACGCAAGAGUUAGCACCAUUUUUUGCUUUUUGGAGGAAAGUAAGCCUCUCCCUAUGCAGUUGCACUUCUUGAUAGAAAACUUUUCCUAAAGUUAUUGAUUGGAUUUACUCAAAUGUAAUCUAAACUAUACUAAAUUGUAAUGACAGACCUGUAGUGUUGUGUUUUAAGCAUUUUUCGUUAGGAAAAUUUUACGGUGCACUCAUGUUUUGAACUGUUUUGGUGCAUUUCAC